CGGAGAGUGAUCUCUGCCGCAUUUGCUGAUACUUGGGGCCUGGCUUCGCGCGCCAUGUGUGCGCCCCUUGGCCAGCAAUGCUGCGGUGUUUGGUGCCAGCAGAAGCCACGGCUUUGAUCGUGGGGGAUGACGGCGCUAUUGCGGAGCAGAUUGCGGAGGAGUCUGGGGCUCACGUAACCGUCUCAGAUGACGGUGACACUCCCUCAGGGCUGAGUGACCGCAUUGUCUCAAUCAUUGGCAGCCAAGACCAGCGGCAGGCUGCUUGCCGCAGGAUCCUCGAGUGCCUCUAUGGUGCCCAAGAGGUGGAAAGCGGUGAGCAGGGCAUUUUCGUUUUGCUGGUCGAUCAAGAUUCCAUGGGUGCAGAAGGCCUACAGAGAGCCAGGGACGUCUCGGGAGCUGAGAUCCACGAAGAAGCGGAUGAUAUCCCCGGCACCGACGCUCGUGUGAUCCAAAUCGUGGGUGGCCUGGAGGCAACGCUGGUGGCGGUGAAAGAGCUGAGCCAGGCCAAGGCUCGUAGACCAGAGGUCCAGGAGGCCAAGCAGGAAGAAGAAGAAGAAGAAGCGCUGCUCAAAGAAGCAGCCAGUUUCCAGCAAGCCAUGGGGUUCUGGAAAGCGAAAGAAGAAGGGAUGUCUGAAGAUGGGAGGGAGGAGCAGGCAGAAGCAAAAGCAGCCAAAGCCGCGCUGUUGCAUGCACCUGUUGAUGGACCAGGUGAUACCCAAUCAGAGCUCAAAGAGCAGCCUGUAGAUAGCACCAUUCCAGACAAUGCAGAGCCUGAUGCAGAAGGCAAAGAAACGGAACGUGAUUUCGUUACAGAGGAGUUUCUGGAGGAGCCAGCGGCAGAGGUAGCCGAGGACUUUGUGGAGGAACCAGCAGCCGAGACUGAGUUUCCUGAGCCAGCAGCCGAGACUGAUGAGUUUCUGGAGGAGCCGGCAGAGGAGGUCUUGGACGAGUCUGCAGAAGAAAUCUUGGAAGGUGAGCCAGCAGAAGAAGCGGCGCCCGUGAAGCAAGCCCCGCGCAGUUCUCCCAGCGCCAAAGUCAGCACUGGAAGACAGUCCGCCUGCUUUGCGGUGGCUCCUGCCGUGGCCGCCUGGGUGGUGGGCCGCAGAGGGCAGUCCAUCACGGACCUGCGCAGUCGCAGCGGAGCCAAGAUCGAGGUGUCCAAGGAAGGAUCCCCUCGCGUCAUAGAGAUCCACGGCUCCGCCGAGGCUGUGUCAAGUGCCAUCGAGCUGCUUCUGGAGCAGGCGUCCAUGUUGCCGGACGGCGGACCAGAGGUUGUCAGGAUGGUUUUGCCUGCGGGCACUGCGGGCUACAUCAUCGGCCGAGGUGGUGAGGCCAUCAAGGAGCUCCGCCGCAGCUCGGAGGCGGACGUGGGCCUGGAACGCGACGGCCCAGGCAGCCAGUUGCUAACUAUCCGAGGGACUCAGCAGGCCAUGACACUCGCAGCGCAGCUUGUGGCAGCACGGCUGGCAGAAGUCACCGGAGAAGCAAAGCCUCGUUCUGAUGCAGAUUGCUUGAAGGCGCUGCUUGCGGAAUCAGACCAGUCAGAGGCCCGCUUGACCAUUUUGCUGCCCGCUGAAGCUGUCAACCAGGUGCCCCGAGCGCGUCUGCGGCAGUUGGAGCAGCAGAGUGGGUCCAAGAUUGAGGUCCAUCUCCUGGGCUUGGGCGGGCGCAGUUCCGAGGUGCACCAGCUGACGGUUGCAGGCACAAGGUCCGGCAACGCACAAGCCGUCCUUCUCCUGCAGGAACUGUUUGCAAAACAUUUGCGAGCGCCUCCUCCAGGGUCAGGUGCUGCCCCAAAAGCGGCGCCAAAGUCGAUUGGCCGAAAAGUGAGCGCCUCGCAACCGCAGGCUGGAAAGGGGGCUGCUCCCCGCCGCGGUGCCAGCGCUGGCCGCCGCGAGCGGAACGAAGGAGGGAGGUCAACAGGUGCGCGCCCCUUGAGCCGAGAGCCCAGGACGUGGACUGCAGGCAAUGCAGGAAAAGGCGCGGGCGCCCGCCGCCGGUGAGCAGAU